AUGCAGCUCACCUACCGUGAAUUGGAUGCAGAUAUAGUGCGUCGCACGAACGCUGUGUUUCCAGUGCAGGAUUGCUUCGUGGAGGUGCUGCCCGAUCAGCUAAUCAUACCACGCAAGUAUAUCGAAAUGGGCGAGUCUAUACGCGACUUGCCCAUCUACAAGGAUGAUGUUUGGAUGGUGUCGUACCCUCGCACCGGCUCGACAUGGGCGCAGGAGAUGAUCUGGCUGUUGGGCCAUCAGCUGGAUUACGAGGCGGCCAAGCAAGAUUUGCGCAUGCGCGCACCCUUGAUCGAGCUAUCCGCUCUGUUCAGCACGGAUCAUCAUCAGUGGGUGUCCGAUGCCUUUGGCAACACAGUGGAGCUGGUUAAAAAUCUGCCCCGCCCACGUUAUGCGCGGUCGCAUCUCUCCUGGCAGCUACUGCCCUCACAGUUGGACACGGUGAAGCCCAAAAUUGUGUACACUGCACGCAAUCCAAAGGAUCUGUGUGUUUCGUAUUAUCACUACUGCAAACUGCUCCAUGGCAUCAAUGGAGAAUUUGAGCAGUUCGUGAACCUCUUUCUGGGCGGGCACACGCCCAUGGGCUCCUAUUGGAAGCAUGUGCUGCCCUUCUGGAAGCGCAGCUUCGAUGACAACGUCUUGUUUAUCAAGUACGAGGAUAUGGUGCGUGAUCUGCCCGCCGUGAUAAAACGAUGUGCUCAAUUCCUGAAUGUUACGGAGCUGCUUAAUGAAGAGAAUAUGAAGAGCAUCUGCCAGCAUCUGAAGUUUGACAGCAUGCAAAGCAAUGGGGCUAUCAAUAUGGAGAAGUUGAUUCCGCAGCGAGAGACGAAGUUCAUACGCAAGGGCAAAGUGGGCGACUGGCGGAAUCACAUGACAGAUGAAAUAUCAGAACGAUUUGAUUACUGGUCCGAGCAACAUUUAAGGGGAAGUGGCUUGAAAUUUGAUUACGAUUAAGCCAAUAUCAAACAUACAUACAUAUACAUAUACAUACAUACUCAAUGC